AUGACGAAUGCGGUGGUGACUCCUUGGACGGUGGAGGGGGAUGUGGAUUACGACAAGCUCAUCAAGGAAUUUGGAAGCCAUCCAAUCGACACCGCGCUGCUUGAGCGGCUGGAGCGGGUCAUUGGGAAGAAACCGCACCACUUCCUCCGUCGAGGCAUAUUCUUUUCCCACCGUGACAUGAAUCUUUUGCUUGAUGUGUAUGAGUCGGGGCAGCCGUUUUACCUCUACACAGGGCGAGGCCCGAGCAGCGAAUCGAUGCACAUGGGCCAUUUAAUUCCUUUUAUUUUUACCAAGUGGUUGCAAGAUGCGUUUAAAGUACCGCUUGUCAUCCAAAUGACCGACGAUGAAAAGUUUUUUUUCCGCAACAUUGACAUGGAGCAGAUCGAGAAAAUGACGACAGAGAACAUCAAGGACAUUAUAGCCAUGGGGUUUGAUCCGGAACUAACUUUUAUAUUCCGCGACUUUGAUUACAUGGGACAAAUGUAUCGCACCGUGGCGGAAAUUGAGCGGACGUUUACGGCGAGUCAAGUGCGAGGUUGUUUUGGGUUCAAAAUGGAGGACAACUGUGGGCGUUGGAUGUUUCCAGCGAUUCAGGCCGCCCCGUCCUUUUCAGUGGCCUUCCCGCACAUAUUCCCGCCGUCGAAGGGAAACGUGUUUUGCCUGAUUCCGCAGGCCAUUGAUCAGGACCCGUACUUCCGCCUCACACGCGACAUUGCCCCACGCCUGGGUUUUUUAAAACCGGCAGUGAUCCACUCAAAGUUUUUUCCCGGUCUCAGCGGCUCUAAGGGGAAGAUGAGCUCUUCAACGGGAGCGGCGGUGCUUCUCACGGACACGGAGAAGAUGGUGAAGGAUAAAAUUAACAAACACGCCUUUAGCGGGGGUGGCGCAACAAAGGAGGAGCAGCUUCUUCUUGGGGCGAACGCCGAUGUGGACGUGCCUAUUCAGUGGAUGAGUUUCUUUAUGGAGGAUGAUGAGUCACUUGCACGGAUCCGAAAAGAUUACAUGCUUGGACGCAUCAUGACGGGGGAAGUAAAGAAGGUGCUGAUAGAAAUUGUGAGCAACAUUGUGAAGCAGCAUCAGGAGGCGCGGAAAAAGGUGACCGAUGACGACGUGAAGUUUUUCACAAGCAUUCGUCCCAUGGGGCCAGGAAAACCUAAUAAUGUUGGUUAA